GUCUCGGGGAGCCACGGAUCUCGCUCCACCAGCUCUCCUGCCAGCUCUCACACUCCAGGCACCGCAGCACCGAUCCUCCGAGCUCAGCCCCAUGGCCCGCACCGCCACCACCGCUGCUGCACCCCGCGCUCCGCCGUGCUCCUGCUCCUGCUCCUGGUCGCCGCCUGCCGGCAAGCUGCAGGUGAGACUCGAGCCCUGGGAGCCCAAGGGGGAAAAAGGGGAUGAAGGGUGGGCGCCCAUUGGGGGCAUCCCGCUAACCGAGCCUGUUGUCCCUGCAGCGGCGCCUAUGGUCUCCGCAUCGGUGCCUAUGGUCCUCGCAGAGGAGACCGUGAUCACUGAACUGCGCUGCCAGUGCUUGCAGACCUUGCAAGGAAUUCACCCCAGGAACAUCCAGAGUGUGAAGGUGACGUCCCCAGGACCCCACUGCGACCGAACAGAAGUCAUAGCCACUCUCAAGAAUGGACAGAAAGUUUGUCUCAACCCCGCAUCCCCCCUGGUUAAGAAAAUAUUGGACAAGAUGUUAAACAAGGGCAGCUCCAACUGACCAGACGAAGCAGGAAGCGGAUUGGUGGCUCUACCUGAAGCAGGCCCUGCCCUACAGAAAUCGAAGAAGAUUAAGAGAAAUCAUCAGCCCCCAAAGUCACCUUGAUUGGACUUAUGUUUGAGCAUCUCUUAGGAGACUUCUUCGACUUAUUUAUUUAUUUAUCGGUUGUUUUCAAAUAUUCUAUGUUAAUAUUUUACAUGUGAAAUCAUUAAGGAUGUCAUUGCCUCUACUUGGGCAUUGUACUGUUAUUUUUAUUGUUUAUAUUAUGGCAAACCCAACUUCAUACGAUUCUGAUUCUUAUUCAGUUUGAAGGUAAAAUGUUUGCAAAUAUUCUCUAGUCAUUAAAAUAAUAUUUCUGAGGAGCCCACAGCAAUGUCAGCUGCUAUGAUAGAGGAUGGAGGAUCCAAGAAAUAAUUAGUAACGGUAGGGGAAUGUAUGUGUGCAUCUAUUUUUGUAAGUAUUUAAAAGAAUGUCAGUUGUUAUUUAUUGGAACAAUUUCACAAUAUGUGGUCAACAUUUCUAAUGUUGAAGCUUAAAAACUAAAUAUCCCUUGGACAUUUCAUGUCUUUCCUGUAAGGCAUAAUGCCUUGGUUAGUGUCAAUUAUGCAAUAUUUGUGUCUUAAG